AAUACUCGGAGAAUCAUGCUCCGUCGGCUGGUGACGUCAUCGCUUUCAGCAUCUAGAAGCAUGUCUGCUUCUGUUCAAUCACGCGUUGGAAUUCCAUUUGUAAUCGAUAAUGAAGGAAAAGGAGAACGUACAUAUGAUAUUUACUCGAGACUUCUUCGCGAUCGAAUCGUUUGUCUUAUGACACCGGUAGAUGAUUUCAUUGCUUCUGCACUUAUCGCACAACUCUUGUUUCUUCAAAGCGAAAGUGGCAAAAAACCAAUUCACAUGUAUAUUAACAGUCCAGGCGGCAGUGUAACAGCAGGACUUGCUAUUUAUGACACAAUACAAAUGAUAAGUGCACCAGUGUCCACAUGGGUGAUCGGACAAGCAUCAUCAAUGGGAUCACUGCUGCUUUGUGCCGGUGAAAAAGGAAUGCGAAGUGCUCUCCCGAACUCCAGAAUCAUGGUUCACCAGCCGAGUGGUGGUGCACAGGGAACCUGCUCGGACAUAGUCAUUCGUGCCGAAGAAAUUACUCGUCUGAAGAGAAGACUCAACGAAAUUUAUGUUCACCACACGGGAAUGAGUUAUGAUGAAAUUGAGAAAACCCUUGACCGUGAUCGUUUCAUGAGCGCCCACGAAGCUCUCAAGUUCGGAUUGGUCGACCAAAUCGAGACUCACAACGGAUCAAUGCCAUCAGAUUAAAAUAUGUGUAUUUUUAGUGCAUAAUUGAAGUUUAGUAGACGAUUUCUUCUUAUUCUCUUUUUUGUAUUUGAAUUUCCAUUGAAAGAUCAUAAAUUUCUUAACAACAAA